AUGUCGUUGACCAACACAAAGACGGGGUUUUCGGUCAAGGAUAUUUUAGACCUGCCAGACACCAAUGAUGAGGAGGGCUCAGUGGCGGAAGGGCCAGAAGAAGAGAGCGAAGGGCCUGAGCCAACCAAAAGGGCUGGGCCGCUGGCGCAGAGCGCCCUGGACGCCGUGCAGAGCCUGCCCCUGAAGCAUCCCUUCUACGACAGCAGCGACAACCCUUACACGCGCUGGCUGGCCAGCACCGAGAGCCUCCAGUACUCCCUACACGGGCUGACUGCCGGCGCGGCCCCUCAGGACUCGACCUCCAAGUCACCAGAGCCUUCAGCCGACGAGUCACCGGACAAUGACAAGGAGACUCCCGGCGGCGGGGGGGAUGCUGGCAAGAAGCGGAAGCGAAGAGUUCUCUUCUCCAAGGCGCAGACCUACGAGCUGGAGCGGCGCUUCCGGCAGCAGCGGUACCUGUCGGCGCCGGAGCGCGAGCACCUGGCUAGCCUCAUCCGCCUCACGCCCACGCAGGUGAAGAUCUGGUUCCAGAAUCAUCGCUACAAGAUGAAACGAGCGCGAGCCGAGAAAGGUAUGGAGGUGACGCCUUUGCCCUCGCCACGUCGGGUGGCUGUGCCCGUCUUGGUCAGGGACGGCAAACCGUGCCAUGCGCUCAAAGCCCAGGACCUGGCGGCCGCCACUUUCCAGGCGGGCAUCCCCUUUUCGGCCUACAGCGCUCAGUCGCUGCAGCACAUGCAGUACAAUGCGCAAUACAGCUCGGCCACCACCCCGCAGUACCCGACAGCGCAUCCUCUCGUGCAGGCCCAGCAGUGGACUUGGUGAGCUCCAACCCCAC